AUGAUAAUUUUAGGUACCGGCUCCAGCUGUUCACAUCUGUAUAACAAAGGGGAGAGAAAAGAUGGUGUUUAUACCAUCGAUCCUGAUGGCAAGGGAUCGUUUCAAGUCAGAUGUGAUAUGAGCAUAGACGGGGGUGGCUGGACCGUGUUUCAAAGAAGACAAGAUGGAAGUCAAGAUUUCUACCUUGGAUGGUCAGACUAUAAAGUAGGCUUUGGUGAUCUUAGCGGCGAGUUCUGGUUGGGCCUUGAUAAAAUACAUCGUUUGUGGAAAUCUGGUCAAAAUGUUCUAAGAGUUGAUUUGAUGGAUUUCAAUGGCGCUGAGGCUUAUGCUAAAUAUGGAACGUUUAGUGUGGCUGAUGAAUUAGACAAAUACAGAUUGAAUAUUGGCAUUUAUUCAGGUAUGCGAAGUGACUCUCUUGCUUUUCACAAUACAAUGCAGUUCACAACCAAGGAUAGCGACAAUGAUAUUAGUUCUGAUAAUUGUGCUAAAACGUGGAAAGGAGCUUGGUGGUACAAGAACUGUCAUUCUUGCAAUCUCAAUGGCCUGUACCUGGGUGCGGGUCAGACUAAUGCCGCCGGAAUAAAAUGGCACAAGUGGAAAAAUCUUUCAAUGAAAAAGGUGGAAUUGAAAAUUCGUCCAAACCACUUUUAA